AUGGUUGGAAAGAAUGGAGCAGGUUUUAGAAAGCUGCAGAGGCCGAGGCGAUUUUCCGCCAAAGACAACCUCGAUGCAGUCACAGACCCAACCAAAGACCCCGAGGAGCUCUAUCAAGACGGCGGCGAAACCUGUGGUAGAACUCAUGGUGGGGUUUGUUACAGAGCUACUGGUGCGUGUUUUAACUGUGGAGGGAGCGGACAUUUCGCUAAGGAUUGCACUAGUCCGCGCCGGUCUGGGUCUUUCACUACAUCUGAAGGAUCAGCUCAAGUCUCUGCACCCAGAGGGUCACAAUCAGCUGCUAGAGGCAGAGGCAGAGGUAGGGGUCCUGGUAACACCCCUGGAAGUCAGAGCACUGUUAACCAGCCAGCAUCCAGUGGCGCACCAGUUAGAGUGUAUACCAUGCGUCAGAGGGAAGAGGCUGAAACAUCAGACGUUGUGGCUGUUGAAAAGAAUAUCGGGAAGGAACCCGAGGAAACGAGUCGAGGCUAAGGGACGACUCGCUUGAG